AUGAGUUUCCAGCAGGAAGACGGGGUGAACAGCCUGUGUCAGAAGGCUCUGCACAUCGUCACGGAGCUGUGUUUCGCGGGCCAGGUGGAGUGGGAGAAAUGUUCCGGGAUCUUUCCCCGGGACAGAGGCAACCAAGGAGGAGGCAACACAGACAUCUCAGUCAGUCUGCUCGCGGUGGUGGUCAGCUUUUGUGGGCUGGCCCUGCUGGUUGUCUCGCUCUUCGUCUUCUGGAAGCUGUGCUGGCCCUGCUGGAGAAGCAAACCUCUGGCUCCCAACGGCGGCGCCUUCCCCCAAACCACCUCCAGCGCGCCCACGGAGGUCUUCGAGGCCGAUGAGAAGAAGGAGGUGAAAGAGAACGGGAAGCCCCCCCCGAAAGCCAUGGAGGCCGCGAUGAAAAUUAGCCACACUUCCCCGGAUAUCCCGGCAGAAGUCCAGACGGCUUUGAAGGAGCACCUGAUUAAACACGCGCGUGUGCAAAGACAGACCACUGAACCAACGUCUUCAUCACGGCACAAUUCCUUCAGAAGGCAUCUGCCGAGACAAAUGCAAGUAUCCAGUGUUGAUUUCAGCAUGGGAACAGAACCAGUGUUACAGAGAGGCGAGACGACCACCAGCAUUGGGAGAAUCAAACCAGAGCUCUACAAACAAAAAUCAGUCGACUCUGAAGGAAACAGGAAAGAAGACAUCAAAACUUGCGGGAAACUCAACUUUACUCUCCAAUACGACUACGAAAAUGAACUCCUUGUGGUUAACAUUGUCAAAGCCUUAGAUCUCCCCGCUAAAGACUUCACAGGGACAUCAGAUCCCUAUGUGAAGAUAUAUCUUCUUCCAGACAGAAAAAAGAAGUUUCAGACUCGUGUGCACAGAAAGACCCUAAACCCUCUCUUUGAAGAAACCUUUCAGUUUCCUGUACCCUACGAUCAAUUAAGCAACAGAAAACUGCAUUUCAGUAUAUAUGAUUUUGACAGAUUUUCUAGACAUGACAUGAUUGGGGAAGUUAUUCUUGAUAACUUUUUUGAAGUCUCCGAUCUCUCCAGGGAAGCCUCAGUGUGGAAAGAUAUCCACUGUGCCACCACAGAAAGCAUAGAUCUGGGUGAAAUCAUGUUCUCCCUUUGUUACUUACCUACUGCUGGGCGUAUGACAUUAACAGUCAUCAAGUGUAGAAAUCUCAAGGCCAUGGACAUUACGGGCUCUUCAGAUCCCUAUGUCAAGGUGUCUCUGAUGUGUGAGGGUCGGAGGUUGAAAAAACGAAAAACGACCACAAAGAAAAACACUCUGAAUCCCAUCUAUAAUGAGGCUAUCAUUUUCGACAUUCCUCCUGAGAAUGUAGACCAGGUCAGCCUUUCCAUCGCUGUGAUGGAUUAUGAUCGGGUGGGACACAAUGAAGUUAUAGGGGUAUGCAGGACAGGACUAGAUGCUGAAGGCCUUGGACGAGACCACUGGAACGAAAUGCUAGCCUACCACCGAAAGCCAAUAACCCAUUGGCACCCUCUGGUAGAGUUACCUGGCCGAGCAACCAGUUUUGAUAGUCAAGGAUCCUGCUCGUCUCCCAAGCCACCUUCUACGCCCUAA